AUGGAGGAGGUGAUGGAGGAGGUGAUGGAGGAGGUGAUGGAGGAGAUGGUGGAGGAGGUGAUGGAGGAGGUGAUGGAGGAGGUGAUGGAGGAGGUGAUGGAGGAGGUGAUGGAGGAGGUGAUGGAGGAGGUGAUGGAGGAGUGUUUGUCUGUUCGUGAUGAAGUGCCGCGGCCCAUCACUCCUCCCCGUCACAAAGCACGUGUAGAAGCAGACAUUAACCUCCGAGAGCAGGUUACCCCCCCCCAUCACCUCUGUCUGCCUUUCUGUGUGUGCUUCGGAGCUAUACGUGUGGGUCUGGGCCUCAGUGAUGUGGGUCUGGGCCUCAGUGAUGUGGGUCUGGGCCUCAGUAAUGUGGGUCUGGGCCUCAGUAAUGUGGGUCUGGGCCUCAGUGAUGUGAGUCUGGGCCUCAGUGAUGUGAGUCUGGGCCUCAGUGAUGUGGGUCUGGGCCUCAGUGAUGUGAGUCUGGGCCUCAGUGAUGUGGGUCUGGGCCUCAGUGAUGUGAGUCUGGGCCUCAGUGAUGUGGGUCUGGGCCUCAGUGAUGUGGGUCUGGGCCUCAGUGAUGUGGGUCUGGGCCUCAGUGAUGUGAGUCUGGGCCUCAGUGAUGUGGGUCUGGGCCUCAGUGAUGUGAGUCUGGGCCUCAGUGAUGUGAGUCUGGGCCUCAGUGAUGUGGGUCUGGGCCUCAGUGAUGUAGGUCUGGGCCUCAGUGAUGUGGGUCUGGGCCUCAGUGAUGUGAGUCUGGGCCUCAGUGAUGUGAGUCUGGGCCUCAGUGAUGUGAGUCUGGGCCUCAGUGAUGUAGGUCUGGGCCUCAGUGAUGUGGGUCUGGGCCUCAGUGAUGUGAGUCUGGGCCUCAGUGAUGUGGGUCUGGGCCUCAGUGAUGUGAGUCUGGGCCUCAGUGAUGUGAGUCUGGGCCUCAGUGAUGUGGGUCUGGGCCUCAGUGAUGUGAGUCUGGGCCUCAGUGAUGUGAGUCUGGGCCUCAGUGAUGUGAGUCUGGGCCUCAGUGAUGUGGGUCUGGGCCUCAGUGAUGUGAGUCUGGGCCUCAGUGAUGUGAGUCUGGGCCUCAGUGAUGUGAGUCUGGGCCUCAGUGAUGUGGGUCUGGGCCUCAGUGAUAUAAGUCUGGGCCUCAGUGAUGUGAGUCUGGGCCUCAGUGAUGUGGGUCUGGGCCUCAGUGAUGUGGGUCUGGGCCUCAGUGAUGUGGGUCUGGACCUCGUUUUGUGA